AUGGUCUCAGCCGCCUGUCCCCUGAAGCUCGGGGAUCUGCGUCUGAAGCCUGGGCAGCUCUUUGUGUCCACACGGUUUAAAGGACAGCUCCGCCACGAGUGUCUGUGCGGCGAGCUGCUGCUGCUCCCCCACCGCCGAGUCACCUUCUCCACGGCCAAUCAGGCGCAGGACCUGCAGGACGCGUCCCAGCACAGCUACUACGACAGCGGCCUGGAGGAGUCGGAGACGCCCAGCUCCAAGUCGUCGUCGGGGCCGCGGAUCGGACCCCUGGCGCUGCCGGAGGACCACUAUGAGCGGACCACGCCUGACGGCAGCAUCGGCGAGAUGGAGCACCCGGAGACUGACCUCAGGCCUCUUCCCGACGUGGCGAUGACCGGUAACUGCACCCGCGAGUGCACCGAGUUUGGCCACUCCGACUCCUGCUGGAUGCCCGGCGAGCCUUCCCCCACCCGCAAGGUGUCCAAGAACGCCCCCAAGCUCUCCACCUUCGUGCCUUACCAGGAGAUGGACGGGCAGGAGCAGCUGAUGGCCAACGGCAGCCCCAAGCCCCUGACGGAGGAGCGCGGGACGGGCGGCGGCGGCGGCGGCGGCAGUGGCUCCAAAGUGGCCAACAUGCGGUUCAUGACGCCCUACAGCAGUGCCUACCCCGGGGGCGGAGACUCGUCCGGUAAAGACUGUGGGCUGGAGGAGAUCCCGCUGAGCCAGGCGGUGGAGUAUCACUCGGCCACCACUCCGACCGGCCAGACCUCCAAGAGGGAGAUCUACCUGUGAGGGCGCCGCUCUCCAAACCCCCGUCAUCGCCCCUCCCCCCGUCAUCUCCCGUCGCUGCUCGCCGCCACCUGCCCCGCCCCCUCACUGCCGCCCCCUGUGCCUAUUACUCGCUGUGCUGCAGCACCGACGCCCCUUCUUCCUUUUUAUAACUGCAUCUACAAGGCUUUAGACCCCGCCCACCUCGUCCACUGCCACCCGCCCCUCCCCCUCCUCUAGAAACCAAUCAAAUGUAAAAUAGAAUUAAUUAAAACCAACUGAAGAAAACACGCGGCGGCUGCUGCUGCGGACGGAAU